GGAGACCAUGACACACGGCAGUGAAAAGCUGCUUCGCAUUAAUUUUUCUUGUACUUAUAAUUUAUGAUAAAUUCAGGUGGCUUUACUUGCAUAAUGAUACAAAUGAGGUUGUAUAAAUGUUCCUUGAAACCGAAUUUUAAAAACCGAGUCGGUCACUGAAGAAUUAAAAUCAUCUUAAACAGCUCCCUAAACUUUCAUAAAUAACAGGUUUUCAAGAGCUUACUCCGUAGUUGCUGAACUGUAGCCUUAAAAAUGUGACAAAUUUUAAUAAUUAUUGUAGAUAAGUGUAGUAUUUUAAACCCGCAGGCAGAAUUUACCGUCAAUAAAGUUAAGGAUGACGUAAAUUUAAGCGCUGAUCAGCUGUUAAGGGUUAAUCUGAGUCAGACGUGACACUGAAAUCCGAUACAGUUCCUGAUGAAUUAGCCUGGCUGUUGCUUUAGCCCCUGUUGUCGGUCUGUGUAAAGUUUUCUCCCCACAGGUGGGUCUUCAGGUCGGUCAAUAUGUUGGCUCGAGCGAGUCGUUGACGCUAAAAUGUAAAGCUCACGCGCCUGUCCUGCGUCGUAAAGUCCCGUCCUCAACGCACUGCGUCAUGGCGACAACGAGGGGAAAGUUACACAUUUUCUUGCCGGACUUCAUGGACUAAAUCACCCCGGUAUUCAUCAAACACAUGUGUAAGUACUCAUUGUGUGUGUAUUCGGUUUCGAUGGGAUAGAUAUGGUCACUUAAUCGAUAUUUCCUGUUCGUAGUUUACCUGUGCAGUCAGGUGAGCUGGUAUGACACCUGUUAGCAAGCAGCGUGUAAUGUUUACUUAUCUUAUCUCAGCUAUUCUCCUUUAUCAAAUCAUACUAGUCAUGGACAUAUCUUUGAUUUUUAUUGAUUGUCACCGAGCAGGUUAGGACUUUUGCUCAGGAAUACUUAAACUCUCUGUUGAAUUUGUGAUUUUAACUCUUUUCAUUGAAGUAGCUUUUCUUCUUUCUCCCAGUAUGGUGGAUUUCAGUGUUUCACAUGUACCUGAAGCCCUAGUCUCAAAAAGAGGCAGCCCUGUUAAAAUGGAGGAGCUGGCUCUGAUGGCCUUGCUGGAGUGUCCUCUGUGUUUCCAGCAGCUGGAUGUGUCAGCGAAGGUGCUGCCCUGCCAGCACACCUUCUGUAUGUCUUGCCUGCAGAGACAAGAGGUAGCCCACUCUCAGCUGUUCUGUCCAGAGUGUCGUGCUCCAGUCCCCGCCAGGACAGUGGAGGACCUUCCCACAAACCUCCUGCUGGUGCGGCUCCUGGAAGGGCUCCAGGGUCCCCAGAGGCCCAGCAGGGAUGGACAGACCACCCGCUAUGCAUUGCCCUUGUCCAGGGGCGGCUUGUCUGUGUGGGAGGGGAAACAGCUGCAGGAGAGCCAACAUAGAGAGAAGCAAGGGCAGAAUGAGGUCAGUGCAUGACCCCUGUGUUUCCCCAGGCACCCUGUGGGCAACAAUUUCAUCGAAGUGUAUGAUAAUGAGUUUUUUAUGUCGCUGUUACUUGAGAAAACAUUACACAAUCUUUUGAUGUCAAUCACCCACAUCCUGGCAAGAGUUUUUUUUUUACAGCAGACACCAAUGUGAAAAAUUACAACCUUGAUCAAAUCAUACUUAAGGUAAAUUUACAUCACAGUACUAAUCUGUACAUUGAAAUACUCAAUUUUAUCUGGACACAAGCAGAGAAACUUUAUAUGGAUGAGUUAUUUAGGCACCGUUUUCUGCUUUAGGUGACAAAAACAGAUCUGUGUUCUUUAACAGACUGAUGCAGAAAUAAAAUAAAAUCAUAAAGAAAUCCUGCUUAUUGAUUUUCAACAUUGCCCACAAUGUGCUAAUACACCUACACAUGUUAAAGUGAGAGGUACCUCAGUAUAACAGCAUAAACAGUAAUCUCUGGCUGUUGAGGAACUUUCAUCGCUUCAUGGUGUUUUAUUCUCCCUUUUGUCAGUUGUGCUUUUACACUUGAUAGAAAAGGAAUGUGUGACACAUCUCUUGAGUCAUCUCAUAACCUUCUCACUGUUGCAUCUUUCACAAAUUUUGAAGGGAUUUUUCACAAACCCAAGACUCUGUGAUACAUUAGAGUUUGAUCUGGCUUACCAAACUGUUUGCUCUUGUCUGUCAUGGCUUUUUAACAGUGCAUUCACAACAGGGUACCAAAAUUUCCAAACUGCUUCACUUACUAUCUCUUUUGACUCGAGGAGCUGUUAUAACUCCAAAAACAUGUGGUACAAUAAGAAACGGGUUGAUAGAGAAAGGACCGCAGUAAAACUACUUAAGUAAAAAGGUAGCAGGUGUGGGUCAGAUAUCUCUGAUAUUCAAUGACAAAGAAAGAUUUAUGAAAAUUUAAUGGAAUAAAUAAGCAAAUUCUGCUAUAGCUCCUAGUUGUUAAUUUUCAACAGAUUUAGGUUAUCAGACAUAUAGAGGCUAUGUUUUAUGAAAGUUGCAUGCCUCACACUUCGAAGCUUGUUGUAGCACUGUUCAAGGUGAGAAUACUGAAGUCAAAAAAUUACUCAACUCAACUUAAUUUAGUCAGCUUUUUUUUAUACAUACAAGCAGCUGUCACAAGUGCCUGACAAAGAAAUAGAUGAAAUACAAGGAGAGAAAUUAACAAUUAUAAGACUGUUAAAGACAGAGAUAAAGUGCCUUUAACACUGUGUGGCAGUACCUGCAUCCAAAUGAACUUGAGACACUCUGUGGCUCUUACUGAUCUUUUUCUUCUUGUCUAGAUCUUUGCUCGUGUUGUUCUUGUUCUUGAAUGUAUAUCGAUUUGGAUGAAAGUGUCUAAUAAAUGACAUUGUAACAUUGUAACAAAGGUACUCAAAUACUCAUUCAUAGAGAACUAAGUAAAACAAAUAGAUAAUAAAAAAAAAUUAGGGUCAGUAAAUGGGACAAAUGACCAGAACUAAAACAAUGGUAAAAUUAUAUCUUACAACAAUAAAAAUGUUAAUAAGGCUUUGAAAUACUUCUUUCAAUGCCUUGUAUUUAAUAAUUUUCAGGUCUCACUGAAGACUCCUGUGAAAUUGUAUGUUUAGAAAAAUAAAAGUAUUCAGCAGUGCUGUUAAAAGUGUUCAUUAUUACACAGUUAUAUAAGAGCUUCGUUAAAAUAAGGUUGACAGCAAAUUGAUGUGGAGUGUCAUAUUUAAAAAUCAUUAGUCACUUUAAAGCAGCUCGCCACAACACAUCUGUCUCCUUACUCAAACCCUGCAGAGAUCUGAGGAGUAUCAAAUUUCUUCACAGCUAGAUGCUGAUGUUUUGUGCUCCGAGUUCACAAGUUCACGGCUCUGUGUAUAAACUGUUUAAAGCAUCUAAGUGUUUACUUUUAAUCUGCAGCUCAAAAACAGCCGCAUUUAGUUUGUUCUCAUACUUUAACACUGAUAGCACUUGAGAAACCUCCAUUGCAAAACCAUGAGAAAUAUACCCCUGUCCUUUGAGCCCUUACACUUAUGCUGUGUGUGAAAAAGGUCAAAAGUAUAACUGAAUCAAAUCUUGAUACAAUCUUCAAGGGGGCUGUCAUACAGAAAUCUGCAAAUGAGGAUAUGAACAUCACACUUUAUCUCCAAAGCUAUGAAAAACAUUCAGAUGUUUGUCACUCAGCACUUUCAGUACCACUCAUCCAGAAGAACUCAGUUUAUGUGUGAAAAAUGCUUCAUUUCACAGAUUUUAACAGCAUUUAGAGUCAUUUAUCCUUUUCUGCCCUCAAAUCCCCAAAGACAGCCAUUUACAAAGAGUUUAAUAAUUUAACCUCUUGAUUUGAACUUUUCAUACAUGAUUUUGAUCUCUUUUCCAGCUCCGAGAUCUGAUCCACAACAAGCGAGGUGAAUUACCAGGGGGGUUGAUCCUCACACUGGAUAAUGGUAAUGCCCCGAAGUUCAAAGCCGAUGAGAACUGGCACCACCACAGAAACAUCUCUGACAUGAGCGGUGUGUCUGUCACUGAGGGCAUGCUGCAGGCUGGCAACCACAUGCCUCCACUACAGGCCCUCCAGCAGUCCCAACAGGCUCUCUGCAGGGCGCUGUUUGACUUCAACCCUGGAGAGAUGAAUCUGGAAGACAGUAAACAUUGUCUCAGCUUCCUCAAGGUCUGCCUUACAAAUUGCUGACUUAUUUAAUGGUUUAUUCUUGUAUAAGUACACAGAUGUUUUACUUGUAGGGUUUCUUAGUCUGUAACUAGAAAAGCACUCGGAGAGCGCAGACCUCCGCCAAGCAGCUCAUGUCCCCCUUUAUGUUGUUAUUCACACCAAAACUUUUAAUGUUACGUGUCUUUUAUUAACUUUUAUUUGUGUUUAAGAGAUCUGUUUUUCAAGAAAUAAUAACUACAUGGACAGGAGAGGUCAGCAAAACUGCUUUUGUGUUCAGGGGUAACCAAAAUCUACAGGAAGUCAAAGUUCCUUUAUAGGGGCUUUAAUGUAAGCCACGUCAACAUCAAGAUACUACAAGCUAAAAACAAAGACUUAUGUGACCGAAAUGUGUGCAAGAAUAUUAAUACACACAAGAUAUAUAUUUUCUUGAUGAGUCUCAAAUCAAGAAGUAAAACUUAUCAAGUAAAAGUUCGAACAGCAUGGGCAAUUAUUUUAACUCAUGACUUUGAAUUAAGCACUUUUUUUGUCUUGUAAAUUCUUGAAAUGAGGUUUAGGUUUGGACCAGGUAGAUGUGGCUUUUACUAAGUGAAGUAAUGUACUGUGACUAGAAAUCACUCAUAUGCGUAUGGUAUGAUUAGGGUUUUUAUUUUGGCAAUGUAUUUGCUGUUUGUGGUUUAGUGAAUCUAUAAAAUUUGCCAUAUUUAAGCGGUUAAUGUUACAUGAAAUAAAAAUGUUGUGGUUGUUGGUUAAACCAUCAGGGGAACUUUAAAACAGACGUCUUUGUUAAUGGACCCAUCAUUGUAUUGGUUUGCUUAUACAUGCAAUAGAUACAGCAAAUCAGAUUUAGUAGAAACAAACUUGACUGAUAAUGCUUAUAGAUAGUCAUUGUUUGUUUUGUGUUGAUGGACGGAGCUGGAGGUUCAGACAUUUACUGCUGUGAUGUUUGUUUACCCUCAAGGAUUUCUAAGGCAGUUAUAUAAGGGCCGCCGUACUUGUGUGCUAUCCAUUAAAGCACACUUACACUCGGCUCUUUUCUCCCCCAGUUUAAUGCAGAUGGUCAAAUGGUUUUUAGAGUGAGGCUGUCCACAGAAAAGGCUAGGCCUGCAGACACGAAGUGAGUGGAUGUCACAUGCUGCAGGAGAAACACAGAGACUUUUCAGAGCUGAGUGCUCAAUCUCCUGGACGACCACACUGUUACAUGCACCUGGCAUCCUGUUUUGUUGUUUUAUAGGUUCCUCUGCCUCUCAGCUUUCUUGCACUUUGUCUGAGCCCAACUCUCUGAGUGUCUGUUUCUUAUUUCUGGGCUACAGGGGGACGUCCUCACCCUCAUCAGGCGGGUGGAUGAACACUGGAUUGAAGCCAAGUUAGGGGACAAAGUUGGAAUUUGCCCUUUGCAGUUUACUGAGGUGAGUUCUCCUUAGCUCUUUCUCCCCUUGUUGUUUGAAUGCUGGCUUUGGCCUUUUCGGCUUGAUGAAACUUGACACCUGCCGAUGACACUUUGGUCUGACAGUGAGGCUCUUGUAACGAAUCAGACCAUAGAUGUCAUUGUUGGAUGCCAUUAAUUCCAGGUCACUGCCGAGGCGCUACCUUGAUUUUCAUUCAAAUCUUUGAUUCAUUCGUAAAUGUCACUCUUGCACUGCAAAGUGCUGAGCCAGAGAGCUAAUCUGUGAAGCCCUGCUGUGUCUGCAGCUGCUCAUUACUGUGUGACUAUGUGGCUUACUCAGGUUUGCCGUGCUUGCUUAGCUAGCUGACUGUCAUUUGUUUCCCUCUGAGAUUUCUGACUUAAGGAUUAACUUUAUCCCUGCCGGGGGAAUUUGCUCUCUCCUACAGUGAGGUUAAUGUGGUGCCUCAUUCAGUUUUCUUCCCUCACUUGUCAUCUAUUCUUGUAUAGUUUUAUUUUAAUGUCUCCCUCUCUUCCCCUCCCCUCUUCUCCUGUCCACCCAUAUCUCCUUCUGAAGCCCCGCCUCAGUGAUGCUCUUCAUCUUUAUCCAACUCUGUUCUCAAUUCUUUCAUCCUCCUCUUUUCUCCCCUCCUCCUCCUCCUCCACUCUGAGCCAGCCUCUCAUCGUGUCGUGCAGCCAGGCGUAAAGACACAGUAAUGCUUUCUCUGCUUGGGUGGCAUAACAGCACAUCACUGUGGGGAGUGAAAGCAUUAACCCUGCCAUGUCUGUCUGUCUGCCUGCCUGCCUGUCUGUGCAGCUUCUCUCUUAGCACCAGUCAACCCUCCCCGACAUACUGGCUGGUACUUAUGCUUCUGGCUGCCUGCUUCCCUGCCUGCUUGUCCAACAAGUUGUAGGGGUGAGUUGAGUGGUGAUAAGUGGGUGUGUUUAGACAGCCGUUUUGCUGAUCAGCAGGAGCAGAGUUUGACAGGAGCUGGUAGCAGGUAGCAGCAAGUUUUAGGGGAUUUUUUCAGCUGAAGAUUGACUGUUUUCUGUGAUAUGCUUUAUCCCCACUUCCUUUUUAUUUUUUCAUUUCUUUCAGCCAAACUCUGUUGCUGCCAAACUACUGGAGGGAAAAACUCGCAAGGGGAGUGAGUCAGCAGAAUUUCAUCACCGGACUGGGAUUGGGGGCAAAGACAAGGCCACCGACGUACCUGGCAGGACCACCCUUUACGGAGUCCCUCAAGUCCCGGCUAAGGCACCCAUCAUCAAUGCUUUGCCCCUCUCUAACCAGCAGAAACAGCCUGCAGCCAGUGGUGGCAACUUUUAUCGGACCAGCAAAGGAGAGACGACCAAAACCAGCACCAACUUUAACCAUCAGGGUCAGCCGCAGCGUCUUUCUGUGCAUGCUUCCAGCCGUGGCCUCUCUCACCCCAGAGUGAACUCCCAGCGAAUGAGGCGCCACUCUGACACUACACACCAACACCUGUUACAGGUGAGUCACAUGGUAGCACUUUUGUCUUCUUGCCAGCUGUGCUGACGCUGUUCAAUUCUCAGACCUCAUUUUCCCAUGAUCUUUGAGCUACAAUGAGGCUGGCUUAGCUUUGUUUGCAGUGUUUUGUAUAACAGAAAACACAUGGUUGGAAAAAGGUGGUUUUCUGUGAGAUAAUUGAUGUUUUGAUUUGAGUCAUCGAGGGAUUUAGUAGACCUCAGGGGUUGCAGGGAGGUAACCGUGACACAGAGCUUCAGGAAUGAAUGUGAGAAAGACAUCGCCCUUGAGUUGGCUGCAACAGGAUGAAGUUUCACUCGCUGAAACAACACAGAUGUGAAAAAGGGUUAGAUAUGAAAGAUGACGGCUAGACUCAUAACUUUGAAAGGUUUUUAAUCAAGAGUCCUGGAGCACAAGUAAGGAUUUCCUCUCAGAGUGAAGUAGUGGUGAACAGGGUGUGUGUCCUUCUGCCUUCUUUAGCUCUGAUACAGAUGUGUGCUUCAGAGAUGUUAUUUUGAAAGAGUGUUAGACACGUACUGGACCAGUCUGAGUAUAUUUAUAAACUUCCGACAGGCACAACAGCAAAAAUUUGACCCACAUUUCAAGCGACCCUAUCAACCACAUUAUCUCAAGUGGAGUUUGACCUCUGAGGUGACACUUUUGAAUGAAACUGCUGUUCCUUAAAGGGACCGAGUGUGUUUUAGUGGUUCUUUAGACUCCUUUGAGCUCUCUUUGUCCUCCACUAUAUCAAGCUGUGUUAUAACUUCACGACAUUUGGCUCCUAGUUUAUCAGGACAAGUCUUUGAUGGACCAACAAGAUCCCUGGUGCAUAUUUUAUAACACCAUGAUGAUGACAUUUGUUUUCUUAUUAUCUAUUUGGUUGAGUUUUCUUGUUUUUCUGUGUCGUAUUUCAUCCCAAAUCAUUUGAUGUUAUAAAAAGAGCAUGAUUUGAAAACGCUGUAAGAGCAUCUUCUUACUUUGUCUCUUUCAGCACUUCUUAUUAACAGUUUUAGGGUCACAGCUGUAUUUGUUGACAUUCUUUUGCAUUGGGAACAGUGGCACAACAUCCUGUGAAUACUGCACUAAGUCAAAGCCAGCCAAUGCCUGAGUGCAGUUCAAACAUAAAAGCCAGUGUGAGGUUUAAUAAUAUCACUCGCUGCCAACUUCCCUGCCCGCCAAGAUAAUGAUUUCCUUUGAUUCAGCUUAAAUUUCACUGCUCUUCAGCGCAAUAAUAAAUGUCAAAGAAUUAAACAAAAAUAUGCUAAUCCUUAAGAGGGUUCAGAGAAAAACUGUGAAGAGAAGGAAGGAGAAUUAACAUGUUAGAAAAAAAGAUAAGAAAAACAGGAAAUGGAAGAGAUAAGAUGGAAGAUGGACGAGAGCAGAAGUAGGGAAAAGGUGAGAGGAAAUACCAGGGGAAAAAAGAUGGUGCCCAGUUAGGAAGAGGAAAGGAAAACAGAAUGUAUAAGAUGCAAUAAAGAAAAACACAGAAGAAGGUGGAGGAGAAAUGAGAGAAAGAUGUAGAAAGUAGGAGGCUUGGAGAGUCCCUGUGUGUGUGUCUGUUUAUCUCUCUCAUGCUGAUGAUGAUGAGUCACUGGAGAAGUUGGUUACAUAAGAGAGCCCCCUCCCCUUUCACUCUCUCCCUCCUCUGAAACUCCUUCCUCUUCACUAGGCAGGUAACACUCACUUUCACAUCAGUGGGCCAGUAAUAGCAGACAAGCCACGCACUUUUCUUUUUAAAGGAGCCGAGGGUUCUGUCCCUGAAGCCGAGGUUGAGCUCCCCUCUGACCGAGCUGGCAUGUGUGCUAUUCUUAGCUCUGCAUCCCGUCAGCUCUCACCUCUGGCUCGGCUGUUUCACACCGAGAGAUGCUGCUUCCCACCAACUGUGGAUGAAAUAAUGUGUUUUCGCGUGAAUAUUGGCAGGCUUAUGUAAGAGCAACAUUUAGGGUGGGAAUGAUUCAAAAGUGAGAAUGUCUUCAAAUGCAAAACAACCACACAUUAUUCAAUUUAACAACUCUGAAAUGCCCAAUAACACUUUCUUGUAAUUACUUUGUCUUAAAGUUUGGCUAAAUAGAGACAUAUGACAAAUGAAACUUUUUAUUCACCAGUUCAAACCACUUGUAGUUUUAAUGGUGCAGCUGAUUCUGUAAGCCUUUUCUUCUCAGGCAGGUCUGCCGAGGUCGAAGAGCCCAAGUUGAAAAAGCAUGAUCACCUUUAGUUUUAGACCUUAACUUGGGAACAACCUGGAGUCUCCCUGAGGAUUUAAGGUUGCAGGCUGCCUCAAAAGAGGUCAAUAUUAUUGGAUAAGUAGCUCUGGGUGAGACCUGUCUCAGUAAAUACUUAAAAUCAACAAGGAGCCAUUGAAGGGGGGUGAAGUUUGGAGUGAUGUGAUCCUGUCUACAAACCAAAGAGAAGUUUAUCUGCUGUUUUCUGCACUAGUUAGAAGCAGGACAGUGUUUUUUUCAUUAGUAAGGAUAAGAGAGAUGCAAUGAUUGAACCUGUAGAAAAUGAAUGCAUGACUUUUUUUUCAAGAUCUGAUUAAGGGAGUAUGUGUUUUAUUUCUGUAUUGGUGCAUUUCAGGAAAAAACACGACUGUACAACUUUGUUGAUAUAAGAUUCAAAGUUAUGGUGACAAUUAGGUUUUGGUAAAACACUAUUAUUACCUGGUAGAUCUUGAACCAAGGAUGAAUUUAUCAUAUCCCCAACACUAUUAAGCCCUAAAUGUUGUAUUAAUUGGAAGUAAAACUGUGGUGACAGCAUCCAUAUUUGUAAACCUUAAUAUUGAAUCACAUCUUUUUAUCCAGAACAUUUCAUGCAAAGACCCUUUUGGCCACAAAGCUUGUUUUUUUAUAAUUUUUACAACUCCACACAAUUAAAAAGUUGUGUAGUUUAAGCCUGGGUAUGAACAAAAAUAUUGAAAUUUGGCUAGUAGCUUCAGAGGUGCCAGUUUAUUUGAUGGGCCAUGAGUGAGGCACUAAAAUCUAACAACUUGGGGCACCUGAGGGCCUGUAACCCUCUCACCUAGCCUGUUUGUGGAGGUAUGCAUUUUUCAGCGUGUGUUGUUGCAUGUUCAACAACAGUUUAAAAAAAGAUGUUCCUGAAUUUUUUUUUUUUUAACUUUAUUUUUAUGAAUUUUUUAAAUACUUGUAAAGAGUGAAAUAAGAUGGAAAAAUAUACAUACAAAUAUUUAUACUGUUACAUAGGGAGAAAAGAAUCAUAGUAACAGUAAUCCUUAGUUUGUCCUUCAUAUCAAAACAGGACAGAAACAUCCUCACCCGAGUGCCCAACAACACCUAGAGAGCAUGUCAAAUAGAACAGAAGGGAGCACUGUCCUGAACUGUUUUUAUCUUUUUAAAACAAUUUAUAACUGAUCGAUGUCUUAAAUGUGUCUUGAAAAUAUAACUAGAAUUCCUCCAGCUUGUCUGGGCUUGUAAAAGUUGUCAUCAAAACAAAUACUGGUUGAUACAAUCCAACUAUUCACACUGGAACUGAAGAUUUAAGAAACAAUGACUGCCUCAACAGCAAAUGUUAUUGCUCAGGGAAUUACUGUUUUUUUUCCCAUCAUCCACAGAGAUGUUGUAGUUGCCGUACAAAAACCAGUGGAGUUUAACUGGAUCUUGUAGGGUUACUGAAAAUGAUAUCGGCAUGUUGUAUGGUAUCAACAGUAAUCUAACCAUCAUGCUUUGUGUGGCUGCAACAAUCCUUAUGUAACUAUCAAAUUAGAGUCUGACGAUAUCAUUGCUCCACCUAACAUCACUCUGACUGAAGGUGUAAUAAACCUGCGUAACUGAAACACCUGUGAGGGUGUGCAGGGUGUUCAAAGUGAUAACUCUGACAUUUGUGUGUCCACAUAUGUAUUGGCUUUGUCAUACAUUUUAACACUACUGAUUAUAACACUGUGCUGUGUUAUGUGACUUAUCUUUUUUGAGAAUCCUUAAUCCACUGUUUUGAAGAAAACGGCCCAUAACUGACUGUCUAUGAUGAGAUGAGACAAAGAAUCCUCUUCUUGGCCUCUUAAUGCUCAUCGUAGAUCAAAGUAGCUAUAGUUGUAUAAAAAAGAUACAUAUAGAAAAGAGUUUAUGCUUUUAUUAUAUGUAAUUUGGCAAAGCUUCCAAGUGUCUUCACAAUGAUAGGGAACCAGGAAAUUAGACUGUUUUGGUAUUAGACAUCCUGUCUCGACCACUGAUGUCAGCUCAGAAGCGAGACAACUUGGUGGCACUUAUAUUGAAGGUAAGACAGGACAGGGGUAUAAAUAUCAUGCCCUGAAAAGUCAAUAUAAGUGGGGCUACAGUUGCUGUUUUAAAUGACAUGACUAAAGCUUGUGUAGCCUUCUCAAAACUGGAAGAUCCGAUUUUCUUUUUAUCCUUUAUUGCAAAAUAUUUACACUUUCUUCACAGUAGUUGAAAAAGGGCCUGUACUUAACUGCCAGAGCCAAAAUCUGCAGACUAGCUGGCUGUUAUGGCUAUGUAUUACUGCUGUGUAAAUGACAGUUUGAUCAUUUAUUUUUAAAGAAAUUAGAAAAGUCAGCAUGUUUUUUUUUUUUGUCAGAAUUCUAGUUAGGUUAUUUUAUUCAGAAGAGACUGUUUGAAUAAUUACAAUCUGAUCCUGGAAAAAAAGCUCUUUAUUUGAUUAAACCGCCUAUUAAACUUUAUUAUGAAGGAAUAUUUGGAAAUUCUAUAUUGUAGAAACAUAUAUAUUCAACAAAUAGACAAAAGUAGAUAGUACACUCUGUUGAAAUAUGUGGCAUAAUUUAGUAUUACGGCAGCAGAUUUUUAGGGCAAGUAAAUUAAUAUAUUUACACCAUCACUAAAACUAGAAAAUGAAAUAUCCAGAAAUUAUACUUCAGGUGUAUUAUCAGUUAUACUUAAUACUUCCGUGCAAUGCUUCAAGUCAGAGCAUUAGCUGAGUCAAAAAAGGUUUCCGUUCAGCCGUCAUCUCUGGCAGGAGAGCUUCAAAGCCAAACGUUACUAAUCCUCUGCUGAUUAGCAAUUUAUUUUUGCAUUCUGUCUGCUUGAGUUCAUCCACCAUAUACAACAAAUCAGCCUUUAAUUUACUGCAUGACCAAUAGCUGCAGCAUCCUCUCCAUGUAAAUAUAGCCAGUGCCACUGCCGGGUCACUGCACCUGGCCUUUGCGUGACUGAAAGAUAACCGAAGCACUCUCUCUGAAUCUGAUAAAACACAAACCAAGAAUAGAAGGAGGACACGAUGUAAUGAAAAGAACUAAAUAUUUUAUGGUAUGAAAUGAAGAAGGAUUGGUUCCUUUACUUUUACUCUGCUUUUACAAAAAUACAAUAACAAGUAGAUCAAAAGCCACUCAUGACAGCAGUUUUCACCCAUGUUUCCCCUUGUGGGCAUUAAAUCAGAACUUUUUAUUGCUCUCUUCUGCCUCACCGCACCACCUUUAAGAAGUAUUACUUUACUUAGAGCAGCAGCCGCCUCUUUGUAAUGACUUCUUUUGUGCUGCGCUGUUGAAGAGUGUGAAUGCUUUGCAGCCUAAUGGUAGAAGGGCUGUAUGAUUAAGGCACAUGUCAUACAUAGAGAGCCACAUGCCAAGAGUAAUGCUUGAAGCUGUUUAUGAAUGGUGUGGCGCUGUUGAUGGCAGCAACUCUCUGCAGAGAGAAUAAGCUCAGGUGAAGUGAUAUCUGACUUUUGCAUGAUAUCAUUACAGCUUUUUUGCAGCAUAAACUUUGGAGAAUUCAUCUAACCAAAAUGCACUAUUUAGCAUUUAUCACAGAAUUAAAGACUCAUUUUGUAUGGUUGUUAACGGUUGAGACACACCUCUGUGUCACUCCCUGCGAGUCACUGGCUGUGUCAGGCCUGACUCACAGCCUGCUGACUUCAAGCCUGUCAGACUUUGUUUGUUCUCUGAUCUAAAAAUAAUUAAGAAAAUAAAAGACAAAGAAAAGAGAGGCCUGCCAGUCUGUUAUAAAUCCUUUUGUUGCUACAGAAAUUAUAUACAUCAUCAUCUUUGUUGGAGAUUGAGCUAAAAACAAUGUCAUCAAAUCAUAUCUAAUACCAUGAGGACAAAUGAAAGGACAUUCCUGAAUGGGUGAGCAGAGAAACAGAGGAAAAACAAUGCAUAUUUUAUCCCACAGAAGACAAGCCUUUGCUGAAUAAUUAAUGGGUAAGAAAAUAAAUAAAAUCAGAUGUUGCAUCCUCAGCAGUCUCCACAUGCCCACCACAAUUAAUCUCCAAGUGAGAGUGUAGAGUGACAUGUUUGAGACAGCGUUACAUCACCGUCAUCGCUGCAUUAGCUGAGGAGUACUUUGGUUGGCUGCUUAUUUGAUAAGGACAAUAAUAUGAAUAAAAGUUGUACAUCUUUUUAAGCUUUCUAAAAUCAAGAUACCCAGACACUGUGAAAAACCAUCCUCCAUUUUAGUUCAGAAGUUUGUUUAUAGUUUACACACACUUUAGUUGCCCCGGUUUGACCCAGCUUAAGGAUAUAUUCCAAGGUUGUUUUUUUAUUUUUUAUUUUUUUUAUAAUCCAAAAAUCUUCUGGUAAGCUCAUUGCUUUAGUUCGGACUCAAAUAUUUCAGUUACUUUUAAAUAGAUUCUUACAAACAUUAAUAAUGCACAGGAAAUAGAGAUGAAUCACAACAGCUGUGAUGAACCUCUGACCUUUUCCCUGAAGCGUUUCACAGUUUUGGAUCUCUGUCCAUAACGUUAGGUAUAUGAAUGGCCCAUACAGUGAUCGAGUGGGUCUAAUUAAUGGACUUGACUUUUCAUUCACUGCCAUCAUCCGGUCAAAUAUUUCAUUUCUCUAGUGCUAACGAUAAUUAAUUAAAAAGCCUCUUAAGCCUGAGUUGCUCUUAAUACGGUAGUUGGCUAACAUGCUAACACUUCAAACUGGGCUGGUGAACAUGGUUAACUUCAGCCUGUUACAUGCAGGAUUUAGGUAUUUUUUGAUCUCAUUGCAUCAACCUUAACGCAAGAGAGACUCCAGAGAUACUGAUGCAUUCAUCUGUGUCUGCAUUUUUAUUUAUUUAUUUGUUUAUUCAUUAAUCUAUUCAUUUUUGUGCAGUUUAGUGUUUAUUUGACAGCUGACAAAGGGCAGGGAAUGUGGGGAGAAGACAGUGGGAUGGCAUGCAGCAGAGGGCUGAGGCCAGGAGUCACGCUUCUGAGUCAAAGUGUAACCUCUGUACACAGAGUGCAUGCUUGAAUUUUUGUUUGUUUUUAGCCCAAAAAUCUUAAGUCACAGUAAUACCAGUGUCAGGGAAAGAGCUGACAAAAUGUAACGCCAUAUUCAGAGUAAACAUCUCAAUGUCUUAUGCACUGAUCAGUCAACACACAACUAACCACUCUCACACUGUGGCUUUUCAUAUAUGCUUUUUAAUUACCCUAAAGUAAACCAGACCUCCUCCUUUGAUAUUACAUACAUCUGUUGUAAAAUCAUGUAAUAUGAAUUGUUUAUGGUCAUGUUUUGUAACAAUCAAAGGGGGAGUUUAUCAUAUGCUUAGAGUAUGUUUUCUAUUUUGAAGAUUCACUAAACACACCUCUGCCACAUGGGUCUUAUUGUUAUUGCAAAUAAUUCCAUAGAUUGGACUUAUUACAACCUCAUGCAUGUUUCUGUCAUAACAGAAAGAAAUGUAACCAUCAAAAAGAUGAAUAGCUAAUAUAUACUCUCAGUAAAAUGUUGUUGUCUCCUAAGAAGUUAGAUUCAGGCACAAAUGAAGAGUGACUAACAUCUGUUUUUCCACUUAAUGCCUAAAUGCUUACCGUCUCCAUCAUUUGAAAAGGUCUCAAGUGAAAUUCUGGAUGAUUUCAACAUUUAUGCGAUGCUGUGUAAGACUCGCUUGCAUGGCUGUAGGCUUUUGUUUUUAUCCAGUGUUCUUUAAUGAAAAUCCAUGAAUCACAUUCUGAUUUCCAUAAUGUUAAUCAUUUUGAAUUCAUUUCAUUUCAGAGUGAAAAAAAGAUGACCAGUGAGACCCCACCCACCAUCUCCAUGGCCCUAGUGAACCCUCAAAUGUCCUCUGCCUCUGCAGACAGCAAAACCUCCUCCACACAGCAGCUCUCCAUCAGUGUGUGAGUCAGUGUUUUAAGCAGUAAUGAUCUGAAGCUGCCAGAUCUCUUGUGCAAGAAAAUACAAGAAAACAAGUCAAGAAACACUCAAGUACCCCUUCAACAAGCAAAAUCUGGAUAUAUAAUGUGGGAAGUAUAGAAAUAACAUAGACUUAACCUCUGUGUGACUCAGGUGUGCCGUCCUCUACUCCUACAAACCACGACGGCCGGAGGAGCUAGAGCUGAGGAAAGGAGAGAUGGUAGGAGUGUAUGGAAAGUUCAAAGAAGGCUGGCUGCGUGGGUUAUCGCUCAGAACGGGCAAAGUAGGCAUCCUGCCCAGCAACUACAUCUCGCCUGUGCUCAGGUGAGAGGCUGUGACCCCUUACUGCUGUAAGUGGGAGCUAAUGACAAUGUGAUUUAGUGUGGGCAGGACGACGUGUCAUUAGGCAAACGCUUGAAUAAUUCAUAUAUAACUUUAACCCUGAAGCUUGUGUUGUUUAAAUACAGAAUUCCCUUUACAGGAGUAAUAUACAGUAGAAACUUAAGUUUGUGUGUGUCAUUGCCUCACUGCAGAACCUCAGCCAGACUCCUGGAGAACAAAGCAGCUAACUCGUCCUCACAGUACGGCACAGCAGCUGGAAAGAAGCCCACAGCUGCUAAGAAUCCUGCCGUGGUCCUUGCUCUUGAUAGGGUAAAUGAUGGAACGAUAUACUCAUCUGGGCAGGUGCAGCCUCUGCCAAAUGGAGCACAGCAUGCAAUGUCAUCCACAGGGGCUGGAAAACCAAUUCUCUAUGGUAGCUCUCAAGGUUGGGACACAGUCAGACGGAUUUUUAACCCCCAUAGAGGUGAGAGUUUAACAGCCUUUUGCACUCUGUUAAUAAAACUAGAGCUUGCAGUGUGUCUAAACGAUGUCUUUUAAUAUCCAUUUUAGGCUCAAACCAUUUCUCCCAAAUGUCCAAUAUGAACAUCCCGUCCAACUCUCAACACUUUGCACAAGUUCAGGCAUCCGGCUACUCACCUGCCUUGCAGAGAAAGAAAAAUACCGGGCUCCUCUCCAAAUCUGGUCGCCCAAUGGGUUGGAUGACUGAGCCAGCAGCGCCCUCUGCUGCUGCCUUUAAGGACAGAGACUUCACUGCCUUUCAUGAGGCAACAUUUCAGCAUGACAGACAUCCGUCCAAUAGGCCUCAAUCAAUACUGGUCAGACCUGACUCCCACAAGAACAAUACAGACAAGGUGAGGUUAUAUGAUGACAAGACAUAAAGAUUUGUGCAUGACCCUGUGUAUUUGUGCACAUGUACAUUUGUGUGUAGGUUUGCAUGUACUGUAGUUAUAAAAACAGUGUAUAUGUGUACAUGUAUAUACAUGUAUGUAGAUGUUUUACUGUAAUUAUUUAACACUUUACAUGAGAGCAACCAUGAGAGCACAUUUUCUUUUAAUUCAAGUUUUAUUAUUGGUUUUAGUCUCUUGGUACUAAAUUUUCUUUGUCCCUCUGCUUUUCACACAUUUAUAAGAAACACAACCAUUUAUCAAUUUUUGCUGGUUUUAUUUAACUCUCUCCUUGCUUUCUUUUUGUUUCUCACCCUCUUUUUCAACAAUCAAAACUUAUUUCUCCACUUCCUGACUCCUCAUACAUCAUUCAUACAUUAACUGUCACUGUUUAUAUGUCCACACAUUGUCCCAUUUCCUCUUUUCUUCCCCUUGUACAUCACUUUUCUCUCAUUGUGUCAUCUCACCAAUAUAUAGCUAACAGUUAGUAUUUGCUUCCCUAGCCUGCAAAGUCAGUGCGGUUCCUCACAGAUGAAGACUCCCCUCCCCCAAGACCUCGGACCUCCUCCUGGUCAUCAGGAAGUCAGGUUCCUGCCAAUGUCCGUCCUGGCCCCCCUCCGUUGGAAGUGUGGGCCCCAUCUCUCACCCUAGGAAGAGAUGGACCAGGGAUCAUCCUCAAAGAAGGAAAAGUCCCCGUUCUGCGAAAAGGUCUUGAAACGACCAUCUCAGAUCUAAAUUCUAAUCCACAGAGAUCAACUCUGUCACAGCCAUCCCUGCCUGCUGUGUCAGCACAGUUCAGCCCAAGCAGGUAUGCUAGAUUUGUACAAUAUGCCUUACAAAUGAGAGACUUGGUUUUUGUCUAUUUCUUAGACAGGCAUGAUGGACUUGCAAAUAUUUUAUUCAUAUAAAAUUCUCCUUCUCCAUUUUUUUCCAGACACAGAGUGACAACAACGCAUUUAGCCCAGACAGACUCAGAGCUCAGUCUGCUUCAAGGGGAGCUGGUUCUUGUUCAUAGACCUAGACCUGAUGGACGGGUUCUGGUUACUCAGGAGAACAGUGGGCAGACGGGCUUAUUCCACUGCAGUAUUCUUCAAGCCCUGGAGAGGCUCAGCUGACUGUGUAAUACUGCUGUAGGACUGUUUAUUUCUAUACUCCAUGUGUUCAAACUGCCAAAUGACUUGACUGACCUGCUGAACAAUAUCAUGUGUGUAGAGGUCAAAAGGUUACUACUGCCAAAUGACAAUCUUAUGAAGGAGGUGUUCAUUUUUGUCCUGAGUGCAUAUGAGAGUGUGAGGAAAUUUUCCAGAGAUAAUAUAUUGUGUACCUCCAAUAUAUGUGCAUGUCUGUUACACAUGUACUAUUAUAAGAUUUUGCACAAAAACACACCUAAUGACUGUUCCUUGUUGAAUACCCAUGUUACACGCAAUGGUUAGUGCCUUUGUCAAAACCCACAAAGAAAACAAACUAUAUUUAACUAUAUUUAGUGACAUCAUGAAGUAAAAUAUCUGUAGUGCUUCUCUGGUAAUAAAUUAUACUUCUAGAAA